CACGCGCAAUCGCGAGACACUGUUACGGUCGAUGGGAGGAAGGGGCUCCGUCAUUCACAGACGAAUGUCUUGAGCAGAACAGUGGUGCUGGAUAGACACUGUGCGACGGCAGUGGCACGUAGCCUACAGCAGGUCCGUACAACACAGGGAAAGGAACGCGGGAAUAUUAUGCCAGAGAAAGUGCGCGGCGAGGCGCCCGCCAGAGUCUCGUCGUUCCUCAUUGAGGACUUGCUGCGCUCGAGCAAGCGGGAAGAACGACAGGCAGCAGAGCACGAGAGCGGCAGAGAGUUCUACAGAGACCAGGCGCGCGCCGGUUUGUGUUCCCGUGUUCAAGUUCAAGAACAAGUGCGAAACCCAACUGAACUGUGUGGAUUCCCAAGCCAUGGCGACUUCACUCUCUUCACACACGGUUGGGCGCGUUACACUGAAAUGUCUAGAGAAGCGAGUCACCUCCAGAGCACAGACCACCAGGGCUCGCCGUCCCCUCUGUCUCAGGGAACAGGGGGUCACGAGGAAGCCGAGGGGUUAGACGCCGAGAGCUUAGUCGACGACGACGACGACGACCUUAACUGCCCCAGCCUCGACCGGGCAGAUGGCGAGACGACUGGAGAACAGCUGACCACCCGUAAAAAGAAAACUCGCACCGUGUUCAGUCGCAGCCAGGUUUACCAGCUCGAGUCCACGUUCGACAUGAAGCGUUAUCUCAGCAGCGGCGAGCGCGCGGGACUCGCGGCCUCUCUGCAGCUAACGGAAACUCAGGUGAAAAUUUGGUUUCAGAACCGUCGCAACAAGUGGAAAAGACAGAUAGCCGCUGACAUGGAGGCUUCUGCGAGCACCCUGUGCUACUCCGGCCAGAGAGUAGUAAGGGUGCCCAUCCUUUAUCAUGAACACCCGGCGACGGCUGCUGCUGUGGCCGCCGCUGCCUUCAACAUGGGGUCUUCCACACAAGCAUCACCGUCGUCUUUGGUAGGGUUUCCCGGUACUUUGAACUACUGCCUGCCCUCACUCACACCUCCUCCUCCCUUUUCGUUUCUCAGGUCACAGAUGACAGGUUUGGUGUGACGCCAUGCCAUCUAACCAAGGCGGGCACACACACUGUCUUAAACAUAUUUUGAAAUAAAUAGACAAUCGACAGACGGGCAAUGGCUCAUUGACUGUGAAAUUAAAUAGGCUUAUUUUAUUUUGUGGACUGUUUUAAUGACACAAUGUUGAGCCUAUUGUGCUUUAUAUUCUCACCUUCUAUUUAA